AUAGAAAGAAAAAGAGGGAAAACUGAAAUUCUUUCAAUAAUAAGGAGGGAGAAAACCUUUGAUAAGAGUAAAUAAAUAAAUAAAAAAAAAAUCAAAAUUAAAAAAAAAAAAAUUAAAACGAAAAAAGAAAAAGAAGAAACAAAGAGGAAGAAGAAGAACACUGUCUUAGCAGAGAUCGAGCUACACAUGAAGCACACACCAAACUCAAAAUUUCCAGAUUUCUGUGCAAAUUCCUCAACUUCACUCUGUUCAUAGUUCAAUCAAUUGAUCUCUUCAUUAUUCAAAGUUUGGAGCUUUUGGGGUUUCACGAAGCAAUGAGGUUUUUCAGAUUGGUGCAAGUGAUGUAGUAAUGUUUGCUUCAAGCUUGGUGUUUCGGACCCUUUAGUUUGGUUGUUCAAAUUCAAACUUAGGGUUUUGAUUUACAAUACAAUUUACUGAAUUGGGUUUGAUUUAAGUGAUUUAGUGUUUUGGGUUUGUGUUUUUUUUAGCAGUUUGAUCUCUAGGUUUUUUGAGUUGGGGAUAUUGAGAUUUGGUUUUGCAUUGUCUGGUUUGUUGAUUUGUGAAUUUUGGGCAAAAGGGUGAGUUUAUUCGUGUUGAAAAUUGGUUUUUUUUCUAUCGGGUGUUCGGAUAUGUAGAGCUUGAUUUAUGUUCAAUGGUGUGUGAUUGUGUAAUUUUUGUGUACUUUGGAAAUAGAUGUAACUGUAAUUUGGCUCAAAUUGAGGUUACUGGUGGGUGGGUUGUUUUCUGAUUUUGUUGAAUUGUGUGUAUGAAUCUAUUUGUUGAGAAAUGCAACCUCGACAGAGCUCAAGAAUCAAUUUGGGUGAGUUGAAAGUACAGAUUGUAAAGAGGAUUGGAUCGGACAAGUCAAAACGGUACUUUUAUUACCUGAAUAGGUUUUUGAGUCAGAAGUUGAGCAAGAGUGAGUUUGAUAAGUUAUGUUUUCGAGUACUCGGGAGGGGGAAUUUUCCAUUGCACAAUCAUUUUAUAAAGUCUAUUUUGAAGAAUGCCUGUCAAGCCAAGACUCCGCCACGGGUCCAGCCACCCGGUCCUUCAAAGUCAGGAGCAUAUGUUACUAAUUUGUCUCCUGCUACGGAAGAUGGACAUGAACGGAGUAUUGCUAAUUCGAACUCCCCAAAUCACAAAGUUUCUGUUUGGUCAAAUGGAGUUUUGCCGGUGUCCCCACGUAAGUUACGGUCUGGAAUACGAGAUCGAAAGCUUAAAGAUAGACCAAGUCCCCUUGGACCAAAUGGGAAAGUUGACUCAGUUGCUCAUCAAUCCACGGCUACAGAAGACAGUUGUAGCAAGGUUGACAUGGAGAAUGGAACUCUUACUUCAUGUGACUAUCAGCGAGCAACACAACAUCUUCAAACAGUUGCCGAGCUACCUAAGAAUGCUCUUCUGGGACUAGCCGAAAAACCAAGAACGCAUGUCAACGGGGUGACUGAAAUAUCGACAGUGGAAGAUGGAGAGGAGGUGGAGCAGUUAAACCGACUCAGUUUUAACAGAAGUCCUCUGAUAGCACCACUUGGGAUCCCUUAUUGCUCUGCAAGUGUAGGUGGGGCCCGCAAAACAUUGCCUGUGAAUAGUGCAGGUGACUUUGUUAGUUGUUAUGACAGAGGUAUGCUAUCUGACACAGAUACGUUAAGAAGGCGCAUGGAGCAGAUUGCAAUGGCACAGGGUCUUGGUGGUGUUUCUACGGAAUGUGCAAGUAUGGUGAAUAGUGUGUUGGAUGUAUACUUGAAACGGUUGAUCAAGUCUACUGUUGAUUUAGCUGUAGCCAGGUCUGCAAAAGAGCCGAGGAAGCCCCCUAUCACAAAUCAGCGGGUUCAGGGGAAGGUCAUAAAUGGUAUAUUGCCAAAUAAUAAUUUACAUGUGCAUAGUACUAAUAAGUUGGUAGAACCUGUGCCUGAACACAGACACCCGUUCUCGGCAUCUUUGCAUGAUUUUAAAGUUGCGAUGGAGCUAAAUCCACAGCAACUUGGAGAAGAUUGGCCACUACAAUUGGAGAAAAUUUCUAUGCAAUCUUUUGAGGAAUAACACAUCAAUAGAUAAAGUUUUUUUUUUCUUUUACUUAAGCUUGGGUCCGGUUCUUCUAGUUCUUAGCUGGAGAUAAUCACCGUACUUUGCUCUGUUCAUAUUGCCAUGACGAACCAGAAGAGCCCCAAAUGGGGGAUUUCUAGUCCUUCGAGGAUCAGAUGCUGAUUUCAAGCUUUCAAACGUUUUAUCUCUGCUAUGUGGAGGAGCUAGGAUGGAUCAGCAAUAUAUUUAACUGCAACCAAGGGUAUGAAGCCCGGGAUUGGUUGCACUGUUGUAUGUUUAGCACCGAUAUUGGCUGUAUUUGUGAUUGUAAAAGUUCUAAUGACUUUUAAUUGCUUUACAGCCAAUGAUGGAAAAAGUUUUGCAGGGAUACUAUUGUGUUCCUGGGAUCUAGGGGAACUGUGAUAUGUAUAAGAGCUGAAGGGUUGCUCUGUAUGUAAUUUUAGAACAUGACGAUUGAUUGAAAUUCAAUAUUAAUAAACACGUCAAGAUCUAUAGAAAUUUCCUUGAUGAUUUUAGUUUUA